UCCCACGCUCGCAUUAACAAGAUCAUUCCAAUUUGUAGCAUCGGUGAUGAGAAAAAAGUUAAAAACCGGAGGACAAUCCCCCAACCGUAACUGCGGCUUGCGAAGGUCACCGACUUCCAACCGCAUAUAACUAAUAUUUUCUGUCGUUUCGAAACUUCUCUUCUCCACCUAAAAUUUCCUAAAUAAUGUACUCCUCAUUUAAAGCUUUCAACAAACACUUGAAGAACACCUACCUCUCUGUCAAUUACAAUCACACAUCUACCUGUCACCGAUGCCUUCAUUACUACCCCUAUCUCUGUUUCACCCUUUUUAAACCUCCAUCCUUGUCUUCUUCAUCUCUAUCGACUCUUGCCUUUCGCUUCUUUGCUUAUCGUUUUUACACUUCGCCUCGUUCUGGUACAUUUAUGGAGGUAGUCAAAGCGGUGUAUAGACAGGGGAAUGCAGCUGCAGAUAGCAUUGCUAUCAGGGCUGACCAGAAGAAUUACACUUACGCACAACUCAUCUCAUCUGCUUGGAACAUUUCUAAUAUAUUGUGUAACGCUGGAUUAAAGACUGUUGAUGGUAUCAGAGGAAAUGGACAUCUAGGUGGAGCUCGAAUAGGAAUUGUGGCUAAACCUUCAGUUGAGUUUGUUGCUGGAGUGCUAGCAACUUGGUUUAGUGGAGGUGUUGCAGUUCCACUCGCACUCAGCUACCCUGAGACUGAGCUUUUGCAUGUGAUGAAUGACUCAGAAAUAUCUAUGGUACUGAGCACCGAAGAUCAUAGUGAGUUGAUGCGAAAUAUUGCUGCUAAAUGCGCUGCCCAAUUUUCCCUCAUUCCUUCUGUUCCCAGUAUUUCUUCGCAAAAAAGUGAACAUUAUCCUUCACAAAUUGGAGCUAUGGAUGCAGAUAGAGAUGAAGAUCCAGCACUAAUUGUUUAUACAAGUGGCACAACAGGUAAACCUAAAGGUGUUGUCCAUACUCACGAAAGUAUUACUGCACAGGUUAAAAUUUUGGCAGAAGCUUGGGAGUAUACAUCUGCUGAUCAGUUUCUCCAUUGUCUACCACUGCAUCAUGUUCAUGGACUUUUCAAUGCUCUAUUUGCCCCUAUCUAUGCCGGUUCCACUGUUGAAUUUAUGUCAAAAUUUAGUGUGAGGGGAAUCUGGCAAAGAUGGCGAGAAUCAUAUCAAAUAAAAGGGAAAAAAGCUGAUGAUGCUAUAACAGUGUUUACAGGAGUUCCAACCAUGUACACUCGAUUGAUACAAGGUUAUGAAGCAAUGGACCCAGAGCUUCAGGCAGCUUCUGCCUCUGCUGCAGGACAAUUGCGGCUAAUGAUGUGUGGCUCCUCAGCCCUCCCUCUUCCUGUCAUGGAACAAUGGGAAACCAUCACAGGGCAUCGCCUUCUAGAAAGAUAUGGCAUGACCGAGUUUGUCAUGGCAAUAUCAAAUCCCUUAAAAGGUGUGCGAAAGGCAGGCACUGUAGGCAAACCAUUUCCUGGAGUGCAGGUCAAGAUUGUAGAAGAUGAAAGUGAAAAUGAUACAACAGGGGUGGGUGAGCUUUGCGUUAAAAGCCCUUCAUUGUUCAAAGAGUAUUGGAAACUUCCCAAGGUAACCAGUGAAUCAUUUACUGAUGAUGGCUUUUUCAAGACAGGAGAUGCUGGCAAAAUAGAUGAAGAUGGUUACUACAUAAUUUUGGGACGAACAAGUGCUGAUAUCAUGAAAGUUGGGGGAUACAAAUUAUCAGCAUUAGAAAUUGAAUCAGUCCUUUUGGAGUAUCCAGCUGUUGCUGAAUGCUGUGUUUUGGGUUUGCCGGACAAAGAUUAUGGAGAUGCUGUGUGUGCAAUUGUUGUGCUAGAGGAAGCAGAAAAAAGAAAAAGAGAGGAAGAGUUAAAGCCUGCUCUAAUCUUGGAAGAACUCUGUGAGUGGGCUAAAGGAAAGCUUGCACCAUACAAGCUACCUACUCGAUUGUUCUUGUGGGACGGACUACCUCGUAAUGCCAUGGGGAAGGUGAACAAGAAAGAGUUGAAAAAGGUGCUGGCAGCUGAAGAAUAAAAUCUGGAGCAUUCCUUCUUGAAACAGGAAUUAAGGAAAUACCGAAAUUUGUUGCUGCUUCUGCUUAUCCUAUUCUCCUAUUUCUGGCUUGUGGGUAGAAACAGAUGUUGGAAUUAGGCUUCAUUUGAAUCGUAUAAUAGCAUGAAUAGGAUAGAAAUGGAAAAGUUUUUUCAUGUUGAAUAGUUAUUCUUAACUUCUAUUCAAAUUUAAUAAGGGGAACAAUCAUUUCAUAUUA